AUGUUCCGUCCGUGGACUUACAACCCUCAACCUGAGCCACAAUUCCCCUGGGCCGGGCCUGGGCAGGCCUUCAACAAUGUCCACACCGGCGAUAGAGUCAACAUCAACACCAACAACUUCAACGCCUUCCCCCGAGCCAACCCCCACCCGCCCUUCAACCUCAACGCGGGCCCGCGCCUCUUCAACUUCGCAAACCUCUUCAACACCACAAACAACUUCCCCAACGGGCCCCUCCGCCCCGACGGCCGCCUCCGCAACCGCAUCACCGUCCUCCUCCCCGACGGCACCCGAAUCCUCGUCGACCGCGACGUCAUGCACGAACACCUCCCGCGCACCCGCAACGCCGUGCCGGGCGCCUACUUCGCGGUCCCCGAGUUCCUGCGCGGCUACAACCCGGGCCUCGACCCGGCCGGCUUCGACCGGCACCGCUUCCAGGACGCCUUCGCGCGCGCCGCGGGCUUCGUCUUCCGCUACAUCGAGAUGCUGUGCCGUUCGAACCGCGAGGCAUCCGACGGCUUCGACCUCUUCGCGCGCCCGCGCUUCCUCCUGCUCAACGCCCGCAACCGGCUCGACACCAUCCAGGAGAUCUACUGGCACCUGUUUCUGCUGUGCUGCGUGCUGGACCAGGACCGCGCGUUCGGAUGCUCGGAUAUGUUCGCGCGGCCGAUCGGGGAGUUUCUGGUCGAGUUCAUGCCGCGGGUCGAGGCGUUCAUGCCGCCCGGCGCCGCGCAGUUGUUGUUUGUCGGGUACGCGAGGAUCUUUCGCGAGACGAGGGUGGAGAUUGGGUUCUUGAGGGAGUUGUGGGAGAUGAUGGAUGACAUUGACCAGAUGCGCCUACGGGAGACGAUCGGGCCUCAACUGGCGGGCAAUGGGAUGGGAAACAACGCUCAUCGUAUCUGGACUGCGCUGAGGCACUUGGGAUUGGUUUGA